GUUGCUUCCGGCGACGUUCCAGCUGCCUACCUCAGAAUCCCUCCAAUGCGUACGCAGAAAUUUGCCGACUCGUGGAAGACUUCCUCGGACAUGUACCAUAUCAUCACAUCAUUCCAUGUUACGGUGUGAUGUUCUCGGCUGUUUCACCAGCAUCCAUGUUUGAAUUUCAACCUAGACUCAAUUUUGCUUUGUUAAACACUUUUAUUAACUAAGCUUCAAAUUUAUAAUAUUUUUACGGGCCUUUAUCCGAGCUCACACAGUCCUGAGCUUCAUCAGUGCAUUUGCAGCAGACAGUUACACACACAAAGUCAUCAUCUAUUGGAAAAGCCAGCUGCUAUUUCCGAACAGGUGAGUGCAUCGGACAGGGUAACAGUUAUAUCUAAAGGAAGACAGUGAGUCGCUGAUCCUGUAGCCUGUGCCAUACACUCAGACAGUUGAGGCGUCGCCAAGCUGCGCGUGAUUUGGGAAAACUGCGCGUCAGUGUUCUCAUCAGUUUUUUAGAGAUCUCUGCACACUGUUACUUUUAUACAUUGCAGCAUGGAGCAGGCCUGGUAACGUGUGCGCACCACACAAGGUAACAGUUAACUAACAGUUCCACCAAAGUCAUUUCCUAGAGGAAAAUGUUAAGCUGUUGUUCCUGGCCAUGCAUGCACUAUUGAAUGCUGCUAACCAGUUUAUCCCUCGGAAAUCCCUCAAAUGGAAAAACCCCUUCCUUGACUGUACAAGUAACAUUAAGCCACUCAUUCGUCAAAAACGAAGACGUUAAGCACAACUUGUCGAAGCAAAGGUGGGCAGGACUGGAGUAAAUUCAAGCAACUCUGUAAACUAGUACAUGAGGAAAUGAGGAGGGCGCAAUCAUGAGGAAAAUACAAAUAACCUUUUCGAUUUUCAAGUUGAGGAUAAUAUUGAAAAUGUAUCAAACAAUAAAAAGCCCGCCAUCACCAAGCGUUUCUGGCAGUACGUUAGAGCUAUAAACGCAAGGACUCGAUUGGCAUACCCAUCCUGAAAUCAAAUGGAGUAUAAAUUGAAGGCAAGAGAGGAUAAAGGGGACAGAGAAGGCAUCCCCCAUACACACCCUAUUCCAUAGGUAAUUCGUCUCGAGUUAUUUUUAGAAUCGGGAUAAAGUUAGCUCGCGCGCUGCGUGGAUGUUUAGUGGAGGUUUCGCAUGACUAAACGCCAUGCAAAACAUGUCGGGCGAAAGGCAAUGAAAGCGUAAAGAGAUCGAGAGCAUUUGUGAAUAUUGAAGCGAAAUGAGUCGGCGCUCGCCUGGGAAAAGGGAAUCGCUCAACUCUUUGACAACCCGUGAAAUCUGUUUAACUCGAAGUUAUCGCAACCUCAUUGCUUUAAUAAAAUGAGAAAUCUCGCCGGUCUAUUGAAACCAGUCGUUUGUACAAUAAAGCAAGUAGCAAGUAAUAUUCAUGUACAUGUAAUUAGUUUUAUAAAUUUGAAUUUUAUUAUUUUUAUUUUAUAGUUUUUUUAAGUUGUUAAGCGCUGUUGAUCAGUGAAUGUAAAUAGCGCUCUAGAAGUUAUUAAAUUAUUAUUAUUAUUAUAGGACGCCAAGUGUUAUUUUGUUGAAUAA